GUCUAGACACAGCCAUUAAGUAUGUUAAUCUGCCAAACCAACCUGAUCUUUGAGAAAAUAACUGAUUUUUUCAGACAAGGGAAAUGCAGUAGCUCUAAUCAACCUGGAUAUCAGUAAGGCAUUUAAUACAUUUCCACAUGGGAAAUUGUUAGUUAAGUUGAACAUUGGGAUUAAUAUCAGAUUUGAAAGGUGGCUAGGGAACUGGUGAGAGAAGAGACUGCAGUGGUGAAUUGUCAGGCUAGAGAGAAGUUACUAGGGAGUUUCUCAAGGGUUGGCCUUGGAGCCAAUCUUGUUUAACAUUUUUAUUAAUGAUCUUGAGACAAAAUGUGGGUGUGUGAUGAUAAAAUUUGUGGAUGGCACAAAGUUGAGAAAUAUUGCCAAUACAAAGGAGGACAGGAAUUUCAUACAGGAAGAUGGGACAACUUUGUAAGAUGGAGUAAUAGCAGUGGGAUGAAAUUGAAUAGUGCAAGGUCCAAGGUCACACACUUAGGGAUUAACAAAAGAACUUUUGUUAUAAACUGGGGAUUUAUCAAUUGGAAGAGACAAAGGAGGAGAAAGACCUGGGUGUAUUGUUUGAUCACAGGAUGACUAUGAGCAGCCAACGUGAUGUAGGCAUGAAAGAGGCUAAUGCAGUCCUAGGAUGUACCAGUGUUCACAUCUCAGAAAUAUGGCUACAGACUGGCUUGGAAGCAUUGUGUCCAUUAACUGUGGUGAUAGCCUGGGCGUCUAUCAGGGACGAGUCUCAGCUGUGGAUCAGAUCAACCAGACCAUCUCCUUGACGCGGCCUUUCCAUAAUGGGGUUAAGUGCAUCGUGCCAGAGGUCACCUUCAGGGCAGCUGACAUUACUGAGCUGAAGAUUCUGCAGAUCCCAGGCCCUGGGGACAGCAAACAGAGUGGGGACCUGCAGCAUACUGAACUGGGCGGUCCUGGUGUUGGGUGCCAAGUGGGUACCAAUCAGAAUGGUGCUGGCAAAUUGCUAAAGAAGCCGACCUCUUCCAGCAGUGCCCCACAAGCUAUCCCAAGGAGAACAGAUCUGAAGAAUCAUGAAGUUGUCAUCUCCCCACAACAGCAGCAGUGCUCCAAGAGUUACAUGGAACGACAUGUGGAAUCCUUGAAUCAGCCCAAAGGUUUCCGUCGUAGACACAACUCCUGGUCAUCCAGUAGCCGCCACCCGAACCAGGUGACUCCGAAGAAGAGUGGCCUGAAGAACGGGCAGAUGAAGAGUAAAGACGAUGAGUGUUUUGGAGAUGACAUUGAGGAAAUCCCAGACACGGAUUUUGAUUUUGAAGGGAACUUGGCGCUGUUUGAUAAGGCCGCAGUAUUUGAAGAGAUUGACACUUACGAGAGGAGGGGUGGCACUCGCUCUAGAGGGACCCCCAACGAGAGGCCAGCUCGCUACCGGCACGACGAAAACAUCCUGGAAUCGGAGCCCAUCGUCUACAGAAGGAUCGUCGUACCCCAAAAUACCAACAAGGAGUUCUGCACUGACUCGGGGCUCGUCGUCCCAAGCGUCUCUUACGAACUGCACAAAAAGCUGCUUUCGGUGGCUGAGAAACACGGGCUGACUCUGGAGCGGAGACUGGAGAUGACGGGGGUGUGCGCCAGCCAGAUGGCAUUGAGUCUGCUCGGAGGACCCAACAGGCUGAACCCUAAAAACGUCCACCAGCGGCCCACGGUGGCUCUUUUGUGUGGCCCCCAUGUGAAGGGGGCCCAGGGAAUCAGUUGCGGGCGGCACCUUUCCAACCAUGACGUUCAGGUCAUCCUCUUCCUGCCCAACUUCGUCAAGAUGCUGGAGUCCAUCACCAACGAGCUGACCCUCUUCAGCAAGACCCAAGGGCAGCAGGUGUCCAGCGUCAAAGAUCUCCCAGAUACCCCCGUUGACCUGGUGAUAAACUGCCUGGAUUGUCAUGAAAAUGCCUUCCUGCGAGAUCAACCUUGGUACAAAGCCGCUGUGGACUGGGCCAACCAGAACCGAGCCCCGGUCCUCAGCGUAGACCCACCUAUGAGUGAAAUGGAGCAGGGCAUCGAUGCCAAGUGGUCGCUGGCCUUGGGCCUGCCCCUGCCGCUGGGCAAGAAAGUUGCGUAUGAAAACUGUAAAAGUGAAGGGAGUACCUGUUACCGCAGGAGGCUCUCGCUUGUGCCUAACACCGGGGAAGGCAGCACCUAG